AAUGUCAAAAGUGACUUGAUUAAUAGUUGAUUAUUCAAACGGAAGGCCUUAACAAUUUAAAAUUUAAUUCAAAGUAAAAACGACGUUGAAAAUACAAUGUGUGAAUCUACGAGUUAUUCAACAAAAUUCCGAGUCGCAGACAAGGAAGCCGAGGGUUGCAACGUUUUUGUGGAAAAUAGAACCGACUCAGACAAGGAAAGCGCUACAAAAUCAAUAUACUCCCAAUCGGCACAGUACAAAUUAAGCCACUGUACGGAACUACUGAUGGAGGCACCGUACUCUUCAAAAGUUCAUGCUAGCGAUAACGGGUUUGUUAUGACCGUUGUCGAUUGUUAUAAUCAACACUAUAACUUGGUCAUUCGUCCUGAUGAUAUAUGGAUGGCAAUAAUGACCCAAUUCUCCUUCUACAUUAAUAACAACGCCGAGGAAUUCCGAAGCCAAUUCAUUAAUUUAGAUGGGAAACGGGAGCUUGUAGUCGCUAUCGAUGGAUCGCUUCGUUCGGCGCCCUAUGACCUUGUUGUAACUAAAUUAACGGAGGCUAUAGACGAAAAUCUCGUGGAUAAAACGGUGAAAAAUUGGAUACUGCCAAAUUUUUCAACAACCACCGCUGAUGACAUCAUUUCUUGUGGAAUUGUCUUCAUGGCAACGGCGAAAAAGUUCUUUGAAUAUGCAUGUUGUCUUAAAUGUGGCAUUCCUUAUGUCACUUUAGAAGGAACACUAGCCGACUGGGAAAGCAUCCUGAGUCGACUGGAGAAGUUGAAGGAAUACAAAUUGGACAAAUGGUACGAAAUGCUGAGGCCAAUUCUGGAAGAGUUCAUCGCUGCCAAGAACAAUGAACCAAACAUCGAAUUCUGGAAUCGUAUUUGCAAUCAUUUGACUGGUCGUUCUGGUCCAAGCUACAUAAGUGGUUGGAUAACUGCGUUCGCUGUUUUCAAUGUGGAAGGUAAAUGGACGGAUCAUAGCAAUGAUACGAUGGCACGUUGCAUGUACAGUGAUCUAAUUUCGGGGCCAUGGCCAUUGAUUGACAUUGAAAAGAUUCCGUUUGGUAUUGUUGCCGUUGGCGUUAAAAUAAUCGAAGAACCAGAGGAAUAUGAAAGCUUAUUGCUGGCGGGUCAUACUGGUUUUGAAGUGAUGCAAGAUGGUUGCACAUUGAAACCCCAGAUAGGUUGGUGCAUUGCUCUCAAAUUGACUGCCGAUGAAGUGGAAAAAUUGCAUGAAACUGCUCGUGAAAAUAAGUCAUAUGGUUAUUGUGCGCUGUGCGAUAUGUAUGUAUGAAGAAGUAAAGACACAAUAAGGCAGACAGCCCGACUAUGGUCUAUGGACAGCCCUGGUUGAAGCCUUAUCAUGUUAUACAUAAGUUCUCGCCAUACGUAUACUUUAGCCAACAAUGUUACUACACAGAAGCUACUAGAUGUUAUAUUAAAGCAUUUUCUAUUUAUACACAGCUAAAUCGAGGCAAUUUUCAUGUUGUCAUUCGACGUAAUAUUAAAGCCUUGAUAACCGUGU